AGGAGACUUAUUACAAGAUUACCCAAAAAAAAAAAAAAAGAGGAAAAAAAAAGUAAAAAGGAGAAAUGGCGUGUUCUUGUGCGGCCAGCAAUGGAUUAUUAACGAGCCAGUCCCCGCUGAAAUCCCCGAGUCGCCGCCGUCCAAAGGUCGGAACUUUAGCGUUCCCGUCGAUCAGAGCGUCGACCGAGAGCAUGAGCGGCGUGGUGGAGAAGCUGGGCAUCAAGGUCGAGAGGAACCCUCCCGAGCCUAAGCUCUCCGAGCUCGGCGUCCGCAAAUGGCCCAAGUGGGGUUGCCCUCCAAGCAAAUUCCCGUGGACAUAUUCCUCCAAGGAGACUUGCUAUCUUCUAGAGGGAAAGGUGAAGGUCACUCCCGAAGGAGCAAAUGAGGCUGUGGAGAUUGGCGCUGGUGAUCUAGUUGUGUUCCCAAAAGGAAUGAGCUGCACUUGGGAUGUCUCGGUCGCUGUCGACAAGCACUAUAACUUUGAGUAGAUAUACCCUUUGGAUGGAGCAUGCUUCGCCUCUUACUUAGAGAGAGGUCCACGAAAUGCUGUUUCCGAGAUAUGGCUCAGAGAAACAACAUUAAGUUAUUAGACAGUCGUGUUCUGCUAUGAGGUCUCUGUGUUCUUACGGUAACUUGGCAUGUUAACUGGGUACGGCUAUCUUUAAAAUCUUCUAUCUGGGCUCUAAUUUUCAAAAUUUCUUCCCUUAGUGUUGUGAAAGCCCUUGUUUCUUGGCGCA